AGAAAUUGUGGCUGAAGCGGAUAUUAUCGUGAGGCGGAGGUCAGAAGUUCUCUCUCACAGCCAUCUUGGAUAUAACGUCCUGAGUCGCAACUAUGCCUGGUGAAGCCACAGAAACGGUCCCAGUCACCGAACAGGAGAUGCAGCAGCCUCAAGUCGAGACUGCUACACCUCCUGCCCCAGCUUCCUCCAAGCAACCUGAGGCAUCUUCAGGCCCUGAUAAGCCCAAAGGCAAAAAUGCCAAGAGUGCACAGGGUGCCUCUGCCCCAAAGGCUGUCCCUGGCAGAAGAAAGCGUUCCUCUAUGUCUGUCUCUUCGUCCUCUCCUACCUCGCCAAAAUCAACUCCCUCCUCUACUCCAUUGUCACCUUUGCCAUCUCCCCUUGCUGCCUCACCUGGCAGCUCCUCUGCUAAUCAGGGUAACCGUUCAGGCCCAAAAGUUGUCAAGGCUGGCAAACAUGGUAAGGCUAAAAAGGGAGAGGCAUUUGUGCCUGCUCCUGUCCCCGAGUGCAAGGCCACAGGAGUUGAUGAAAAGCCAACAGAGCCUAGCCUCAAGCAUAAUGUAGCUGAUGAUGCUAAACCUGCCCUGAGUGAGACAAAAACCCCAUCACCAGGUGCGACAAAGGCUGGUGCAGUGCCACCUGCUUUUAAAGUUACCUCAAAGCCUGCUGUUGCAGCACCAGUAUCAUUUUCAGAUACUAUUGCCUCUAGUCCUCCUAAGUCAGCUGAUGUUAAAGCAACCUCGUUGAAAAAUGCUCCACUUAUUGCAUCUGUUGACGAUGAGCUCCCUCCCCUUAUCCCACCUGAGAAACCAGUUAAAAUGCCAGCUUGUGCAUCUCCUGUUGAGAAACAAGGUACAAAGCCUGCUACAUCUCCUAAGCCUAAUGCUGAGAGCUGCAGUUCUGCUCCUGUAGAGGCUACAAAGACACCAGUUAAACCAAAGGCAGACAAGCCAAAGCCUGUUAAGGUUGCUGAAGCAGCCCCAGUAAAAUCAGCUCCCACUGAAGUUGCUAAGGUGUCUUCUGAAAUAUCAGCUGUAGCUGAUGAUGUUGCUAAACCAGCUCCUGUCAAAGCUCCUAAAGCAGGUUCCAAGACUAAACCAGCAAACCCUGGCAAAGUUGAGGAGGUUGUGGUGGAAACCCCAAGCAAGCCUGCUCCUACCCAGGCUGCUAAGCCAGCUCCUGGGGCCAAAACUGCUUCUGCUGAGGCUGCUGACAAAGCUUCUAAUAGAACUAAACCACCUGCCAAGGAAAAACCUGCUCCUGCAGAAACUAAGCCAGUAGCUGAGGCCAAACUUGUGCCUACUGAGACUGCUAAGCAGACAGCUGAGGCCAAACCUGCUCCCAUAGAGGCCAGUAAGCCAGCAACUGUCGACAAAGCCCCAAAUGUAGCUAAACCACUUGCGAAGGCCAAACCGGCUCCCUCAGAGACUGCGAAGGCAGCGGCCGAGGCCAAACCGGCUCCCUCAGAGACUGCGAAGGCAGCGGCCGAGGCCAAACCGGCUCCCUCAGAGACUGCGAAGGCAGCGGCCGAGGCCAAACCGGCUCCCUCAGAGACUGCGAAGGCAGCGGCCGAGGCCAAACCGGCUCCCUCAGAGAAUGCGAAGGCAGCGGCCGAGGCCAAACCGGCUCCCUCAGAGAAUGCAAAGGCAGCGGCCGAGGCCAAACCGGCUCCCUCAGAGAAUGCGAAGGCAGCGGCCGAGGCCAAACCGGCUCCUCCACAGACUGCUAAGCCAGCAGCCGAAGCCAAACCUGCUCCUUCAGAGACCGUUAAGCCACUGUUUGAAGCCAACUCUACAACCACUGAGGCCACUAAGGCAGCCAAAUGUGCCUCCAAGAAGACACCUAAGCCAGUGGCUGAGGCCAAAUCUGGCCCCAACAAGGUUCCUAAACAAGCUGAAGAGAUUAAAACUGCAGCUCCUAAGGCUGCAAAGCCAAACGCAGAGGUCAUGUCUGCCCCUGCUGAUGUUAACAUGACAGCUGCAGCACAUAAGCCAGCUGAAGAUGUCAAGCCAGCCAAAGUGGUGGAUGUUAGUGCAGCAUCAGCUGAGGUUGCUAAACCUGUAAAACCAGUUGCAGACCCUUCACCUGCUCCCUUAAAGCCCACUCCAGUUGAGCCUGCUGUUCCUAACCCAGCUCCCCGUAAACUCACGUUUGCUGAGGCAGUUGCAAAACCUGCCCCUGUUAAACCUGAGGUUGAGUUAAUUACUUCAACUCCUCCUCAACCUGUCUCGCCACCUAAGCCUGUCCCCACACCUGCUAAAACCCCAGCCAAGAUGGAGCCUGUGAACGACAAGAACAAUAAUGGAUCCGGCACUGAGUCGGACAGCGACGACUCAGUCCCUGAGCUGGAGGAACAGGACUCUGCACAGACACAGACACAGCAAGCUCAGCUUGCAGCAGCUGCCGAAAUAGAUGAGGAACCUGUCAGCAAAGCCAAACAGAGCCGCAGUGAAAAGAAGGCACGAAAGGCAAUGUCAAAGCUUGGUCUCAGGCAGGUAACAGGAGUCACUAGGGUCACCAUUCGCAAGUCAAAGAACAUCUUGUUCGUCAUCACCAAACCAGAUGUCUACAAGAGCCCUGCAUCAGAUACAUACAUCGUCUUCGGGGAAGCUAAGAUUGAAGAUCUUUCCCAGCAAGCCCAGCUGGCCGCUGCAGAAAAAUUCAAGGUACCGGGAGAAACUGUAUCAAACGUCCAGGAAAACACACAGACGCCAACAGUACAGGAGGAAAGCGAAGAAGAAGAGGUUGAUGAGACCGGAGUUGAGGUCAAGGACAUCGAACUCGUCAUGUCACAAGCCAACGUGUCGAGGGCGAAGGCUGUUCGGGCCCUGAAAAAUAACAACAACGACAUCGUCAAUGCCAUCAUGGAGUUGACAAUGUAAUGGGGACCCUGUCGACGAAGAGUUGACGAAAGGUUGCUGAUUUAAUCCAAACUCAUUUAUACAAUUUAUACCCAAGAUGGAAAUAAAGUCGUGGCUUGAUGAAAUUAAA